AUGGCCGGAAAUGACCCGGUCUCCGACGUGAAUUCCCGUUGGCAGCGUCUUGAGCAGCGACUGGAGCAACAGCCCUCCUCCUCCUCAUCCCCUCCAUCCCUUCCCCCUCCUCAUCCUCCCCACAGUUCAUUUGAGGAUGGGGUCCGGCAAUUGGAGUCGAGCUUCGACGUGGCGGUGAAAUUCCUGGACUUUGACGAGUAUCCAGUCAGGAAUGGGCAUGAGUGGAAUGAUAGGGUUAAGGAAGCGGAAGCGUGGAUGGCAGCCCGGCGUGAAGCUCUAGCGGAAGUAGUAGCUGAAGGGAGAAGGCUGGCCGAUACGGGCAGAAUGGAGCUCGAGACGCACAGGGCCAUUGAACAGCUCGACAACGUCAUCGAUGUCGCUAAUGAGUUCGAAGCCGAAAUCGAGCGAAAUCGUGGUGAGGUCGACCUCGCUGUAGAAAAACGCGAUGGACUAGAGAAAGACAUCCGAGCCAUGGUUGACGUCAUCCACAGUCUAGCCCAAAGAAAUCUGCAAGAACCCGAGAUUGUCCAAGCGACGCGUCGAGAUCUCUCAUCGAGAGAUCCACAGCUGUGCUCUCUCUCGAGGAGAGCUGCCGAGCUACACGCAUCGUUACCUGGAAGAUCCUCGGCUUCUCGCGAUGCAUCGCUGGAUGAGCUGAAUCGACUUCUCGGCCAACUCGAAGCCGGGCUAGCAGGAUCGGCUUCACGCAGCGAAACAAGAGAACCGGGCCCCUCACAACCAUCGCCAGAUAGAACCUCGAGGAGUAGUGUUGGAGGGGAGCUAGCGAUGGAGGUGAUGUGCACGGAUCAGGGCACAACCACCGAAGAAGAGAAGUCCAAGGCUGAAGCUCAGGAAGAGCCGAAACACCGUCAACAAUCAUCCGUCGACAUCCCGAUCCACUUUGAGCCCGAGCAGCCGCAACGUCUCGGCCAGAUGAACAUUGAAGUAGAAGAGGAACAGGCGAGUACAGUAGCACACUUUGCAUCUAUUGCACAACACCAUAAUACACCUAAUGACGGUUGUAGCCACGCGUCUGUCCCCGUGGGAAUAUGCACUAAUGAAAUGGUUAACCUUCAGAAGGGUGGAGACGACGUGGCAACGUCGUCUGCAAUUCAGACAUCAAAAACUUCUGAAGCAGAAGCUAGGGAAGCCAUGACGUCAUCAGAUUUUAAGCCAGAAGAUGGCUAUGAAGCUCAGGCCGCUUCCAAAGUGAAGCAACCGGAAGAUCAUGCUCCUGAAGCUUCUGAAGCUAAGUUGGAAAGGACGUCCCCUGAAGCCAAGGCUCAAGACGAUGACGGAGCCAAGACGAUUUCCAGAGUGACAGCACCUGCAACGAAGCUGGAGCCCGAAUCUCAUGCUCCUGAAGCUUCAGAAUCGGCUGCUAAGUUGGAAAGGACGUCUUCUGAAACAAAGCUGGAGCUUGAACCUCGUGCUCCAAAUCCCGAGGAGCAAGACGCUCUAGCCCGAGCUCCAGUAGUGGAAGCGGUGCCAGUUAUGCGUUUCUCAGAAAACCAAGAAGACCAAGCUCAUGCUCCUGAAGCUCCAGAACCCGAAGCUAAGCUGAAAAGGAUGCCCUCUGAAACCAAGCCCGAAGCUGAAGCCCAAGCUUCUCCACAUCCUGAAUCCGUAAUCACGUCAGCUGGCCCGAAGCCGCAAGCCGAAGCUCAAAAACCCGUCGAAGCCUCAGAACCAAAGCCCGAAUCGUCGCCGAUCCGACAUUACGCUGUGAAGUCGGUGUUGGAGCGGGUGUUGGACAAUGUACGAUCACAAAGCUCAUCACCGGAUACGGCUUCAGUUGAGCUGAACUUCCCCAGUUCGUCGGAAGGAGAGUUUGGAAGCUCCAGUGAGGAAGAAGGUGAACAGGCAAAAGAAGGCGUUGAGAGGGCGGCUGAAGGUCACGAUGUCAAAGCUGUUCAAGCAGAUGAUGCUCAUGAGCCUGCUCAAGUCGCAGUUCGACCUGAAAGUCUGCAACAUAAAGUAGAACCACCGCGACUUCAGCAAGCGGAUCAGCCAGUAGGUGAAGCCGAACUCCCCGAAGUCGACGCCGCAGAAGAAGUGCCUCGGCCUCAAAAAGAAGCCGGGCUUGGAAUCGAAGCCACCAAGCCGGCAGAUAAAGUUUUACUUCCUGAGGUCGCUGCUCCACAUAAACCUCCACGUGUUGAUGAAGCUAUAAAACCAGUAGAUGUACCUGAACACCCUGAAGACAGCGCUUCAGAACUGCGUCAACUUGAGGCCAAAGCCCCGGAAGCCCAAUUAAUCCUGACCGACGUGAGACCGGUUGAACUUGGCGCUGAGCUCGUCCUCAGGACCCCAUCUCCAAGACCGGAAACACCGCUAGAGGGGGUGCUGGAGAAGGUCAAGGAUUCUCUUGAUGUGUCGGCUAUUAUUGAGACCGUACGGCUCGAGUUGGAGCAGGUGCCGAAGGCCGUAAAGGUUGAGCACGAGGAAAGAGCUGUAGAAGCUGAACCGACACCGGAAGAAGCCGGAAGGGUUCCGGUAGUCGUAGAAGACGUAAAAACCAAGCCAUAUCCGGACGAAUCCGGCGAAAAAGCGGGUACAGUAGGAGUUUCCGACAAGGUGCAGGAAAUUCUGGAAAGAUCCGAUUUACAAAAGCCAGUUCCGGAAGUUCAGAAAGCUGUUGUGAAGCGAGAAGCGGAAGCGUCUCCAGGAACCGAAAUUCCGGAACAAUCCACCGUACAAACGGUAAUGUCAAGAAUUCCGGAAGAAUCCGCUCCUAAACCGGCCAUUUCGGCAGAGGUAGCAUACCGGAAAGAAACGGAAUCAAUCCCAGAAAUUCAAGAGAUUCCUGUAGAAUCCAACAUACAGCCACCGGCCGGAACAAUUCCAGGUGAAGCCGCGGUGAAGCCGGCCAUUCUGGAAGAGCAACCAGACCGGAAAAGGCCCGAAAUUCCGAUGCACUCCUCCGUACCCUCAAAUCCAGAAGCAGACACCUCAAAUAUCCCGAAAGACUCAUUCUCCGGAGAUGAAUCAACCUUGAACAUCAUCAACUAUGAGGACAACCUCGUUCCCGUUGAACCGGAAAUGGCCAAUAUUGAGGCUACCGUAGCCCCGAAACAAAAGACGGAAGCGGAUACGGUAGCCCUGGCAAUAGCCCCACUACAGCACGCACCUAUUGACGAACCGGGGAUACCGUAUCCGGUGUAUAAUUUGGAGGAGGAGGACGGGAGGAGUUUAGACUCGUACUCUGAUCCUUUAUCGAAAUAUGAGACUCCGCCAGAGACUUUGAGGGAUGCGACACCGUCUAGUGAUGAAAUGAGCGAUGUCACUCCGAAGCCGAUGGCUGGGGAGGGAGCCCGCGAUAUUUUUGAAGCCAAGCCAGGGGAAGAAGCUUACAAAGCUAGUGAAGCUCUGGUUAUAACGAAGCCGGCCGAAGUUCCGAAAGAAGCUGAUGCUCAAGUUGCAGCUCAUGCUUUUGAAGAAAAGCCGAAUUUCGGGGAGUCAGCGGAUCAAGCCAUACUCGCCGAUCAGGACCCCGAACUGCUCGAAAAAGUACGGCAAGCCGAAGCCGAACCAAAGCCGUGGAUCCGACAAGCCGAGAGGGCCCUUCAAAAGGUUCUCGAGACAGCCAUUGGAGCACGUGCUCACGACGAUGAUCAUCACCAGAAGCAUGUAGAUGAGGCGAGAGAAUGGCUGCGGCAGAGCCCGGAGAAACGGCAGACACAAAGGGGAAAGACAGACUCCCGUGAGGUGACACCGGUAGAAAAGGGCCAAAGAGAACCGAGUGGGCCGCGGGUGGAAGAGGCGAUCAUCCCAAAAUCCAUCAAAUCCUACGAAAAGACCCCGCCACGACAUCAGCCUUCUUCUUCCAAAAAUCGACCCGAUAUGGAUGAGGUCUACGAAAUCCUCGACAACAUUGAAGAUGGACUCUCGUUUGAAGAGGAAUAUCCACUCGAAAAUGUUGAGAGAGAUGAGAGACAUUAUAAGGAGAUGCACAAACAAUUGGAUAAAGCUGCUAAGGCAUUGGAGGCUAAUCUCAUGGAAAUGAAUAUGAUGCAGGCGGAUCACACCCGAGAUCGUAUCGAAACGCUGCGGAAAGAUGUUGAUGAACGAAAGAGAAAAAGCCAUGAUGAGAAGAGAGAAUGGAUCGAUUUCUCGAAAACCUUACAAGAAGCGGAAAGGCUAUACCUAAAGGGGAUGAGACUAACAGAGGACUGGACAAAGAAGGGAUUGAAAGACAGAGAGAACCCGAAGGCCAAGGAGAUGUUGGACCGGAUAGCCAGGACGGCAAACCGUGCGGAGACAGCAGUGUGUGAUGUGGUGCGUCGAGCUGGAGGAGUACUGCCACGGAUGAGAGAGGGUGGAGUAAAAGAGACAGAGACAAGGAGAGCCGUUUAUGAUUUGGAUGAGAAAUUUGCGGAAUGGAGUCGGCAGGCUCGCGCCCUCCUUGAUACCUCGGUAGUGGAUGUAGAUGCUCUUCGAUCUCAAUCGACCUCAAUCUGUGAAUGGUGUGAUUUGGUUGAGGGAGAGAUUUGUUCUCUCAUCCACUGGACAGAUAUCGAUACUAUUCAAGAAUACAAGGAUAAGUCCGAAAAACGACUCGUCGAACUCGCCGAUCAUCGUCAGACCCUGAGCCAUCUUGAGCAGGGCAAAGAUCGCCUCGUCCUGAUGCAUACUGUAGAAAUGCAUGUCAAACACGACGUCCGAAGGCUCGUCUCACAUGCUGCACAACGCAUCGCUGAUAUUCGCUCCGAUAUCGCGGAUCGAUCACGAUCACUAGACGAAAUGAGACUCCGAGCAGAGGAAAUGUGGCGAGAAGUGGAUCGUGUAGAGGAAAUGGCAAAAGAAAUCGAAAGAAGGGUGGAAGCUGCGAGGGAUGCUGUUAUUUAUACGCCAUCUAGGGAUGCAGCUAUGGCUGUUAAGAGCGACGCCGCAGACCUUCGAAUGGCGGCCAGCAAACUCGAGAAAAUCCUGGCGAAUGCCGAAAAGGACAAGCCGGUUAUUCCCGAAAAACAGAAAAGG